CAAAUAAUGCUUUGCCACACAUCAUCCAGAGGUCCAUCACCUAGCCUCACCUAGCCACACAUUGCUGCCAUGGCUCAUGUUAACAGUUACCUUUCUAUUCAACUGCUAUUCUUUACUGAGGGGCUCUCUCAUCUGGUGAGAACACAGCAGGUUGUCACAGCAACCCUGGGAGAAGAUGCAGUCUUAACCUGUGAGCUCAUGACACCCAAAGACGUGCGGCAAGUCACCUGGCAAAAAGUGACAACAGAGACGAAUGAAAAUGUGGCCACUUACAGCAAACGAGGUCCCGAUGUCAACCUACCUUUUCAAGGGAAAGUGGAGUUUGAAGACGAGGGACUGCAGAACUGUUCUAUUGUCAUCAGAGGAGUGUCAAGAGGAGACGAGUCCUGCUACAAGUGUCUGUUUAACACCUUUCCAGAUGGACCUAUCAGUGGAACGACCUGCCUCCAUGUUAAUGAGCUGUAUGGACCCUCACUCCUCAUCACACAAACCAACAACAGUCACACCACUCUGUCCUGUUCUGCUACUGGACGACCUGUUCCUAUAGUAACCUGGGACAACACAGAAAUUCUAGAAAAUUCCACCAUGGCCAAUGUCACCCAUCUCAAUGGAACUGUCACUGUCACCAUAACUUCCACGCUGGCAGCAUUCAGUCUACCUGACAAAGACACCAGGGUUGGCUGUGUGGUGUCACUGUUCUCUGGAGGUGUCACCAAGGACGUUUCCAUGGUUAUUCCAGCUAGAACUCAAUCUUCAUUUCCUGUUAAGCCAACAGGGAUUGUUGCAGUGAUGGGUUCACUGUGUUUCAUUGCUGUGUGCUGUGGAGCUGCUGUGGUACUGUGGUGCAAACUGAGAAAUACAAUGAGAAGAAACUGCUGAGCAUGGUGUUGGUUGAACCAGAGUGGCACUACAAGUCUGAGGCAGAGUUACUGCACAAUGUCUGCUCUGGAGCUCAGCUUACCUACUUAUCUGUUUGUAAAUAUUUAUCUGUCUGUCUGUCAGGCUCUCUGUCUCUGUCUCUCUGUCUGUCUGUACUUUUAGUUUCAAGUUAAGCUUCUACAACUUGAGCAUAGGCUUUGACAUCAAGCUGGUUUCAUAGAAAAUAGACAAACUCAUGGUAACAUCUGAAGAACCCUCCAUAUCAUGACAAUGUAGCCAAUGAAAAUACAGUGACAUUGAAGUGCCUCCACAUGGAAAAGCACUUGACUCUGAAACUGGAACUUCCUCUAUAGAAGGAAUUUGACUUCAACAACGAAUCAAGGAGGAUGAUUCAAACACUUUAUUCAUAGAAAAUACAAAGCUGUUAUCCUAUUCACUUUAUCAAGUUACUUUGUGUGUAAGAGUCCAAUAAAAUACUUCAAAUGUUUUAUUAUCUAUUAUUACUAAGCGUGUAGGGCAGCUGUAACACAGAGCAACUGACUUGGAAAUGUGCUGAUCCCUGUUAGGUAGGUAGGUAGGUGUGUGUGUGUGUGUGUGUGUGUGUGUGUGUGUGUGUGUGUGUGUGUGUGUGUGUGUGUGUGUGUGUGUGUGUGUGUGAGAAAGAGAGGGGGGCAUUGAUCUCCUCUGUGUCAUUACUCUAACUCUGAAAAUAUGAUGAAACGUUAUACUGGCACCAGUUUCUGUUUCUCUUGCAGUUUGAGGUGCCUUGGCCUGGUGCUGAGAUGAUGUCCCCUGGAACACCUGAGCCCCUCACCACACCUAGUGACGUCGUUUGGACAGGAACUACUACGAAAGGUAGCCUAGCGGUUAGAGCGUUGGGACAGUAACCAAAAGGUCGCUAGUUUGAACUUGAGCAGGGCACUUAACCCUAAUUGUUCCAGGGUCGCCGUUGAUAGUGGCAGACCCUGGCGGUGUCUCAGGGGGAGUUGGGAUAUGAAAAAAAACACAUUUCCAAUUCAGACAUGCUUAUAAUACACACUGUGUGAAAUAGGACGAAUAUAAGCACCCACCUAAUUAUUAUUAAUCACUACACCUUGGGUCAUCUCUGUAAAUCAGAGUGAUAACACAUUUCAAAUCUUUUCCAUGUUAUUUAUUUAUUUAAAUGUUUUUAUUUGUGUAUUUUGUAUUUAUGUAUUUAUUUAUUAUUUGUGGGAGGCGUCACACUUCAUCGUCUAUUGACGCUUCCAGUUGAGCAUGGAAAGCUUACAUCCAGCAGAUUACAUUCAGCAGAUUACAUUCAGCAGAUUACAUUCAACAGAUUACAUUCAACAGAUUACAUUCAGCAGAUUACAUACACCGUGUUCUAAAACAUUUGCAAGUUCCUGAGGUGGAUGAGGUAAGCAUGGUAUCUAAUGUCCUGUUGGCUUUCAUCCUCAUGGUUUUCUGAGGUACUUGGGCUGCGUCUACACAUGCACCCCCAUUCUGAUCCCUUGCCCAAUCUAAAGACCAAUUCAUUAAAAAAAUAUCUGAAUUGGGCUGCCUGUGUAAAUGCCGCCUUAUUGCAGCCCAAUUCAGAUUUUUUGACAGUUAUUUGCAUAUAUGAUACCUAUCUGUUAUUUUCCUUAAUGUGUAAACAGCAAAAAAACACAUUGAAUCUGAUCUUUUGAUUUCCUAUUUAUAACACCUCCAUAUGUGGAGCAGAAUCCUGAUACAAACCCCAUCCUCCAUAUACGACCUCUGUCUGAAUACUCAGAUUUUUUGUUGUUGUUGGCACGUGACGUUACCAUGACCACCACCCCAAAAUGGAAAGGAGCAGUGACAGGAAAUGAGAAUUGCAUUUCUGUGUGACUUCUGAGUGUGAAUGCCAAAAUCUGAUAUGGGUCUGAAAAAAAGAUUGGAUAUAGAAAGGAAAUCAGAUUUGGGGUCUUAGGCUGAAUGUGUAAACACAGUCAUAUAACUUCAGAGGAAGCACUCUGCUGCAUCUCAGCUGUGAUAUUUGUAACUUCUGAUUGUUCUACAACACACCAUACCUCUAGUCAGCUGCUUAUCAGAACCUUGAAUAGUCAAAUCAGAUGUGGUAGAACUGUGCUGGAGAAAAAAGCCUGCACAACCAUUUUGGCCACCCCUGAUUUAUAUGCACAAAAGUUCCUAUGUCUGAUGAUUUUGCUGUAAAUUAUGUAUUUUUUGAUAACUCACUUUUGCUGACAGGUACAGUAUUUUAGUACUAGGAGUGUCUUCAGUAAACUUUAAAGUAACUAACAAAGUUUAUGUUGAAGAUUGUUGUAUUUUCCAGGAGCUUGCUCGAUUGUCUUGUUAAAAGAGAUCAGGGAAUAAUUUUCCAGUUUAUCCCAUAUUGGCUUAAAUGGGUUUCUGGUUUUUCGCUUCCCUCUGGAAAAUCAGCUCUUAGUAUUUCACAGUAAUAUUGAAUAAAUACUAAUAACUACCUUA